CACGCUCUCCCUUCUCUCCUUUUCACUUUCAGUGGCGCGCGGAGCGAGAGCUACGCAUACCUUGAGACGCGGUGACAGCGUUCACCUCGGAAGCGGAGGUACUGCUUAUUUUUGGUUAAUGUCGCUGACAUUAACGGAAUAAGUUGAGUUCGAAGCUGGAAGCAUCGAAAAGGAAGAACAAACCCCCGAUGAAAGGACCCACAAAAGCAGAAGGAAACCGUAGAGGGUAACGAGCUAAUUUGCGGGCCAGCACAGGUGGUCUGCGUGGAUUCACGAGAUUCUCAGCUAACAGGCAGGGGGUUCAGGCGUGUUUUUCAGAGGGAUCUUGUUUCAUUAGUAGCUAUUAUUAAUAGUUACUCUCUUCAGCUAUACCUAGAUAAAACAGCUCGUGUUGGUAACAGUUAAACAACUAGCUAGCUAGCGCGGACGAAGGAGGAUUAGGAAGAUCAUUUUGACUGAGGAGAAGCAACAGAACUCGGCCAUGUUGAAGCAGCAACAGCCCGGUUCCGGCGGGCGAAAAACCUCCAAUGGGAUCAUGGGCCAGAACAGCAUGCCUUCCUCUGCUUCGGGCAUGAGCAACAGGACAGCGAGUGGAAGGAGCCGAAACUCUGCGAAGCCGCCGUCCCAGUCGCCUGUAUAUGAAGGAGUGUACAAUAAUGCUAGGAUGCUGCACUACCUUACAGCUGUGGUGGGCUCAACUUGUGAUAUCAGGGUGAAGAACGGCAGUGUAUACGAGGGCAUCUUCAAGACCUUAAGUUCACGGUGCGAGCUGGCCGUGGAUGCGGUGCAUCGUCGCAGUGAAGAGGGCGGUGGCCCGUCGGCUCCUCCCAGGAGAGAAGACAUCACGGACACCAUGAUCUUCAGCCCAUCGGACCUGGUCACAAUGACCUGCAGGGACGUGGACCUCAAUUACGCCACUCGAGACAACUUCACGGACACAGCAAUCAGCUCUUCUCGGGUGAACGGGGAACACAAAGAGAAGGUGCUGCAGAGAUGGGAGGGAGGAGAUAGCAACGGCGAAAGUUACGACCUGGACACAGACGCGUCCAAUGGCUGGGACGCCAAUGAGAUGUUUCGCUUCAAUGAAGAGAACUAUGGUGUCAAGUCAACAUACGACUCCAGCCUCUCGUUAUAUACUGUGCCUCUAGAGAGAGGCAGCUCAGAGGGCUUCCGCCAAAGAGAGGCCCGUGCAGCGCGUCUGGCCAGCGAGAUCGAAUCAAGCCCGCAGUACCGGCAUCGCGUUGCCCUGGAAAAUGACGAUGGGAAGACGGAGGAAGAGCGUUUCAGUGCCGUUGUCCGAGAUCGAGAUGGGGUCGAUCGGGAGAGGGGCACGGAGAGCCCUCGGGAGAGGGGCAGAGACAGUCCGAACUGCGGCAGCAGGGAGGGAAAAUACAUUCCGCCACAAAGAGCCAGAGACAUGGGAGUGUCGGGCAUGAGAGGAGAGAGAGGAGAACGAGGGGGUGCCGCGUCUGGCUCAGCUUCUCACCCCAACAGAAUGGGGGGCUACCAUUCCAACAGACCCACGCCUUCAAGCUCCUCCCCCAGGCCGGCUCUGUCCUCCUCCAGCAGCCAGUCGACAUCGACGUCAGAAAGGAGUAGCCCUCUUUCCAGCAGAGGAGGGUACUCUCCGCAUCAUCCGCAGAACAGCCCUGGUGCGACUGCUGCAUACACCCCUCCCGCUUCUCUGAGUACCAAUAGUGGCGGCAACUUCGGCGGAGCGUUGUCUCGCCCCAGUGAGCCCUCUGUAGCGGCUACAGUGCCCUCGACGGUGUCUCCCAGCAGCCCACCUGCCCCUCAUGGGCAGCCCGUGUCACAUUCGUUGUCCCACCCUCACUCUCUGUCCGAAGCAGGUCGUUCGGUCAAUGGAGUGCCGUCCAGAACCUCUCCUAAAUCGCAGAGGUCGGUACAAAACAGACCUGCCCGGACGGCCAGUUCCCACACCACGUCGGCUGUGUCUCGCCCACCAAAAUCGGGGGUUUCCUCAGCGGAUGCCCCUCUUGCUGCUUCUCAGUUCCAAGACAAUGUACAGGUCUCCAUGACAACACAGAAACAAACUGGCCCAGCUCCUCUUUUCCCUGUAGAUGUGAAUGAGAUCCUUGGCUCUGCAGUCAAGGAAAGGCCAACCGAGAACGCAGUCAGUCCACAGGAUGGAAAAGGCUGCAAAGUUCCCUCGGUUCAACAGCGCUCACAAAUCGAAGAGCUUCGGAAAUUUGGGAAAGAAUUCAGGCUUCAGCCCAGCGGAGGAAGCUCCGGCAACAGCAGCACCGCAGCGGCAGCAUCCACGGAACCUCCACAGUCCGGUCCAGCCAAGCCUUCUCCGGCAGAGCCUACGUCUGCCCCUGAAUCCAAACACGCCGCAAGCCAGAAUCCCUCCCAGUCCCCUGCACCGCCCUCCUCCCCUGAGGAUCGGCCCAGAGACAAGGAGCCGGAGGGGGCGACCAGCGGUGCUGUGCCAGCAGCCCAAGCAGCAGCAGCAGCUUCAGAGAGGCAGUCUCCGGGAGCACCGCAGCCGGCCAGGACCCCGGGCGGCGAAGAAGCCAAGCCCGACGCUGCGGACAGGGUGGAGGGUGUGACUGACCAAGUGAAGAAAUCAACCCUGAACCCCAACGCCAAGGAGUUCAACCCCAACAAACCCCCCCUGACACUGUCGAAACCUACCUCAGCCCCCACCCCACCGCGCCCCACCCCCCAGAGUCCCUCGGUGGUCCUGCCACCACCUCCAGGGCAGGGACCCAUCUACAACUCCACCACCUACGUGUCCUACGUUCCCCAGAUGCAUCCCGUUCAGGCCCCUCCCAUGUACCAGUACACCAUGUCUGCAGUUAAUCAGGGGAAGUACUCCAGAGCAAAAGGAUCGGUGGUGGCCCCCCGCUCGGACCAUAGCUCCUCCGCACCUCCCAUGCUUCAAGCGGCGGCCUCGGCAGCUGGUCCCCCCUUGGUCGCCUCUCCUUACCCACAAUCCUACCUGCAAUACAACCCACAGCAGUACAGCCAGCAGGUCCUGCAGCCCAUGACGCCAUACCCAGGACAGGUAACCCACCCCCCUCCCCCUGGGAAGCAAGCUGUGCGUUUCCUCUCGUACCUGGGAGGCGUGUCUCAUGCUAACUGCACUCUCUCUCCUUCCCAGCCGAUGUACUCGGUGCUACAGGCUGGUGCUCGCAUGCUGGGCUCGGGGGGUGCGCACCCCCAGGCCCUGGCACCCCCUGGUGGCCCUCAGUUCCCAGGACAGGCAGAGGGACCUCAAGGACCACAGCAGGGACUGUAUGCUCCUCAGACGUUCCCACAUCACUCUGGAACCAUGCACCCUCCACAGCCCUCCAGCACCCCCACAGGCAGCCAGCCACCCCCCCAGCACACGGCCCCCAGCCCCGGCCAGUCUGCGCAGUCGGGCCCCCAGACUCAGUCUCUGUACCACUCUGGCCAGCUAUCUGCUACGACCCCUCCCACCAUGCCCCCGGGUCACAGCUCCCCCCAGGGCUCCUAUCCCCUUCAGGGCUACAGUCUGCACGGACCCCAGCCUAUUCCACACACCUAUCCAUCGAUUGGCCAGCUAGCGCAGGCCCACGUACCAGGCACUCUGUCAGCCCCCCACCACACGGGCACACAUGCCCCCCCUCCAGUGAUGCUGCUGCAUGCACCACCUCCCCAGCAGGGACCUGGGUCUGGCCCCCAGCACCCCCAGCAUGGACCACCUCCCCAGCAGGGCACCCAUCAGCACUAUGCCUACACCAUCUCCCAUCCCCAGGUUCCGGUCCAGGCGCACCCAUCCCAGCAGCUCCCCUUCCACCCCACUGGGAACUGAGCAUCAGCAGCGAGGGGGAGACGGGAAAGUGAAGGUGGAUGAAGAGCCGGGAAGGGAGAGGACACGUCCUUCCCUCGUGUCCGAACUCGUCUCUCUGCAGCGUCCGCUGUUCACUGUCUAGGAUGAAACGUGCCGUCUGGCAUCCACGACAACUACCCCACAUCUUCCAAAUCAUGUUUUUAAGGCGGCAGAAAUAGUUAUUUUAGACAAGAGAGGGAUGGAAAGGUCACAGGAUUGACGGAUUUUAGCUGGUGGUAAACACUGAAUCAAAGUGCAUUCAUUUCUUUUAACCAUCGAUGGAUAGGAGACCUGACGGAGGACAGAUGCGGACAUGGUCUCUCCUUGAGAGGGAACACACAUCUCUGUCAGAGAUUUUCGUGAGAGAAACGAGUCGUGCUGAUCAGCGUGUAAAGGGGAGGAAGACGGAGAUGGAAGGGAAGAAUCAUUGCAGGAAUAAAGAAUGUCUUUCUUUUUCAUUCUCCAUUUCCUCUCUUGUAGGUAAAACAAAAAAAUAAAAAAAAUACAAAAAAAUAUAAAAAAAAAAAUCACCCAAAAAAAUAAAAGUUUUAACAAAACUAAACUAUGGUGUACUAUUUAUUCUUCACUUGGCUACUAUUUAAAUUCCUUCAGUACUGACUACAGGAGCUUUUAAAUUCUUAGGUUUUGGCUGGACUGUUGGGGAGGCACAGGAACAGACUGAGAAAAGUGAUCCCAACCAGGAGCCGUGCAGUGCCGCUCGGUUCUGGAGCGGAGGAACAUUCGGACAGCGGGAACCCUAGAAAUUGAACUUGGACAACAAAAGUGAUACUUGGCUCUGAGCCAUUAAUGCAAUAAACUGGGUUAUUUGUGGGUUGGGUCACAGUGAUUCUAAGGAGGGUCUGGCAAGGUCUUGGGGGGGGCAGGAGUACAAAUGCAAUAAUUGUUCGGAGGUUUGAGGUCCAUGUCCUAGAGCAGUCUGCUAGUUUUAUUAACAUCCAAACUAAUACCAGCAUGUAUGUAUUGGGAAGAUGUUUUGCUUUGGCCCCACCUGAACUAUAGUUUGCUAAAAUAGCCAGUGGUGGGGUCUCCACCCUUCAAAUACCUUAUUGCUGCAGAGUCCAGUUGUCAUGGCAACUAU